AAACUCUGUGCGGUUAGUAAGCAUAAAAGAACGAAAGCUCAAUAGAACAAAAUAAUUUUUCUGCGAUUUAAAAGCCCGAAAUAAACAAUAAACAAGUGAAUGACGUAGUAUUGACGUGCAGUUUCAAAACCUUACCGGCAUGCUAACAGUCCAUCGUGAUACCAUGGUCUAUAAGUUUAAAGAUCAUGGUGAUACUGACACCUACAGAAAAAUUUAUUAAUCUGGUCAUAGUAAUGGACACUGAUCACGUACAACGAUUAAAAGCUUCAUUACACUUUACUAUGGGUAAAAUGUGUGAAGAACAGGAAACCAAAACUCAGAUUAGUUUUGACAAAAAUGUGAUUGCAACUAUAACUGAAAUCCUUUGGCAAAAGAUCAAACUAAUUGCAGAGGAUUUGGAAGCUUUUGCUAAGCAUGGAAAGCGUACAACAAUCAAUCUGGAUGAUGUGAAGCUGUUGGUGCGAAGGAAUGAAGAUUUAAAAGCCAUACUAGAAACACUAGGAUCACCAAACUCAGAAGAAAAUGCAAAAAUAGACAAAAGGAAAGCCUUGGUGAAAAAAAAGAAAACUGACAUCCCGCCAGAAGUCCAUCUGGACACAGAUGAUGACAUGUUUGUGUGAGCAGAUUAUUAUUUCAGUUGUAUUGUUCUAUGUCAGGGAAGACAGUCGUUUUUGUGCGUUCGUGAAGAUUGCGUGGUAUGCACAACAUCAAAAUUCAUAAAAUAAACGACGGUUCUAAAUC